CCAAGCUGAGAAGCUGUGAGGAUUAAGAUAGGGCUGGGAAGUCCGGUCCGCUAGUCUGGCCUCCGAGGUGGGGGGUGACCAUCAGAAUGGAUUUCCGAUCUGCUCCGCGAGAGCCUUGCCCAAGAAAGCCCUGAACCACUUCCCAGAGCAGCGCUCCCCAGGGAAAUGGGAAGUCUUUUCCCCUCGGACUGGAUGUGGCUUAGGACGCGGACCCACUGGGUGUGGGACAAGCCUUGGCACAGGCCUGGAGGGAAGAAAGAACCCCCGCGCCCCCCACACUCCACGGGGCUUGCGGCCAUCUCAGACGUUCCGCUUCCACGUGCAGAAACCACGCAGGUCCGAGGCCCGGGUUCUAAAACAGCCCUCGGAGUUCAAGGCCUCCACAACCCGCCUCUGAGGAGGGCAAAGAGGCCCCGGGGGCGGUGCCUCGCGAGACCCAAACAAGCCCACGUGGCAAGAGCGGGGCUCCGAUGUGACGUCACGGCGCGCUCGUGCGCGGCUGAGGUCACGCGCUGGCCGUACCCUUGCCCGCGGGCCGUAAAGCGCGGAAGGUCGCGGUCUCGGCUUCCCCGGAACUUUUUGCUCAAUUCGCCCCGCCCCUUUCCCAACCUUGAUCUCCGCUUUCCGGCCCGAGGCGACUCCCGGCAACCGUUGUGGCUGGCGCCUAGCUCCCGCCGGGCUGUUGCUAAGCGCGGAGCCCGUGGGGGCCAGUGAGUUUGAAUUCCUGAGAUCUGCUAGUUGCUGAGAGAAGUGAUGUUCUGCCGGUUGCUGUCAGUUGUUGGAAGACAAAGAACCAGCCCAGGAUGGCAGAACUGGUCCUCUGCAAGAAGCAGCACGUCAGCUGCCGAGGCACGUUCCGUGGCCCUGCCCACCCAGGCACAGGUGGUCAUCUGUGGGGGUGGAAUCAUGGGCACAUCCGUGGCCUAUCACCUCUCCAAAAUGGGGUGGAAGGAUAUUGUCCUUUUGGAGCAGGGCAGGCUGGCUGCUGGCUCUACCAGGUUCUGUGCUGGCAUCCUGAGCACUGCCAGGCACUUGACCAUUGAACAGAAGAUGGCAGACUACUCAAACAAACUCUACCUUCAGCUAGAGCAAGAAACAGGGAUCCAAACAGGUUACACAAGAACAGGCUCAGUCUUUCUGGCCCAAACUCAGGACCGGCUGAUCUCUCUGAAGCGCAUCAACUCAAGGCUGAAUGUUAUAGGCAUCCCUUCUGAGAUCAUCUCCCCCAAGAAAGUGGCCGAGCUUCACCACCUCCUCAACGUGCACGACUUGGUGGGGGCCAUGCAUGUUCCUGAGGAUGCAGUGGUGUCCUCUGCUGACGUGGCUCUUGCCCUGGCAAGUGCCGCCUCCCAAAAUGGCGUUCAGAUCUAUGACCGGACAUCUGUUCUUCAUGUAAUGGUCAAAAAAGGUCAAGUUACUGGAGUGGAGACAGAUAAAGGACAGAUUGAAUGCCAGUAUUUUGUCAACUGUGCUGGCCAGUGGGCAUACGAGCUGGGUCUGUCCAACGAGGAGCCGGUUAGUAUCCCGCUACAUGCCUGCGAACACUUCUACCUCCUGACUCGCCCCUUGGAGACCCCUCUGCAGAGCAGCACACCAACUAUUGUGGAUGCUGAUGGAAGAAUUUAUAUUCGGAACUGGCAGGGUGGCAUCUUGUCUGGGGGCUUUGAGAAGAACCCGAAACCAAUUUUCACUGAGGGCAAGAACCAGCUGGAGAUUCAGAAUCUACAGGAAGAUUGGGAUCACUUUGAGCCUCUGUUGAGUUCCCUUCUGAGGAGGAUGCCAGAAUUAGAGAGUCUGGAGAUCAUGAAGUUGGUGAAUUGCCCAGAGACCUUCACACCAGACAUGAGGUGCAUCAUGGGCGAGUCUCCUGCAGUGCAGGGCUACUUUGUCCUGGCAGGAAUGAACUCUGCUGGCCUUUCAUUUGGUGGAGGAGCUGGAAAGUACCUCGCUGAAUGGAUGGUACAUGGUUAUCCUUCAGAAAACGUUUGGGAAUUGGACCUGAAACGUUUUGGAGCCCUCCAGAGCAGCCGCACCUUUCUGCGCCACCGGGUCAUGGAAGUCAUGCCUUUGAUGUAUGAUCUGAAGGUACCCCGCUGGGACUUCCAGACCGGUAGGCAGUUACGUACUUCUCCUCUCUAUGACCGGCUGGAUGCGCAGGGAGCCAGGUGGAUGGAGAAACAUGGAUUUGAGAGGCCGAAGUACUUUGUUCCCCCUGACAAGGACCUCCUGGCAUUGGAGCAGAGCAAGACUUUCUAUAAGCCAGACUGGUUUGACAUCGUGGAGUCUGAAGUCAAGUGCUGUAAGGAAGCUGUGUGUGUCAUUGACAUGUCCUCUUUCACAAAAUUUGAGAUAACAUCCACUGGGGAUCAGGCAUUAGAAGUUCUGCAGUACCUCUUCUCCAAUGACCUGGAUGUGCCUGUGGGCCACAUUGUUCAUACCGGCAUGCUCAACGAAGUUGGAGGGUAUGAAAAUGACUGCAGCAUAGCACGACUGAGCAAGCGCAGUUUCUUCAUGAUCUCUCCAACCGACCAGCAGGUCCACUGUUGGGCCUGGCUUAAGAAACACAUGCCAAAAGACAGCAACCUGCUCUUGGAGGAUGUCACCUGGAAGUACACAGCCCUCAAUCUGAUUGGCCCUCGAGCUGUGGAUGUGCUGUCCGAGUUAUCCUAUGCCCCUAUGACUCCAGACCACUUCCCAAGUCUCUUUUGCAAGGAGAUGAGCGUGGGCUAUGCAAAUGGGAUCCGCGUGAUGAGCAUGACACACACAGGAGAGCCGGGAUUCAUGCUGUACAUCCCCAUAGAGUAUGCCCUGCAUGUAUACAAUGAAGUGAUGAGUGUUGGGCAGAAAUAUGGAAUCCGGAAUGCUGGAUAUUAUGCUCUUCGAAGUCUCCGAAUUGAGAAGUUUUUUGCCUUCUGGGGUCAGGAUAUAAAUAACCUCACCACGCCCCUGGAAUGUGGACGAGAGUCUCGGGUGAAAUUAGAGAAGGGCAUGGAUUUCAUUGGUCGCGACGCCCUCCUGCAGCAGAAGCAGAAUGGAGUGUAUAAACGCUUCACCAUGUUCAUCCUGGACGACCAUGACACAGACCUAGACCUUUGGCCUUGGUGGGGAGAGCCCAUUUACCGGAAUGGGCAGUUUGUUGGCAAGACGACCAGCAGUGCCUACAGCUACAGCCUGGAGCGCCACGUUUGCCUGGGCUUUGUGCACAAUUUUUCUGAGGACACGGGGGAAGAGCAGGUGGUGACAGCAGAUUUCAUCAACCGGGGAGAGUAUGAGAUUGACAUCGCAGGAUACCGCUUCCAGGCCAAAGCCAAGCUUUACCCUGUCGCCUCCCUCUUCACCCACAAGCGCCGAAAGGAUGACAUGGAGCUGAGUGACUUACAUGGGAAGUGAUGGCAGGGCAGCCUCCCCACCUCUCCAUCAUCUUGUCCUGGAGCAGACGUCACCUUGGAGCUUCUCUUCCUUCUGCCUCCAUUCCUCUUUGGAACAUACUCCAAGGGGUAUACAUUACAUAAGGCUAGAGACUGCUUUUCCUGCUUUCCCUUCAGGCCCUUUGUUUCCCUCUAGCCCUUUCCUCCAUAUCCUCUGGAGUAGAAAAUGACUUGGGUGUCCAGGAGUGCCCUGCACGCUUUCAGGGAGCAUCUCUGUUUUCCCAAGGUGAAACUUAAAGGAACCCUCCUUUGCCUCCUGUCUCUUAUCUCCGUGAUAUAAUUUUGAACUUGACCUACUUUAAAAUUUUUUGCUUUUCAGCCUCCCUUGACCUUCUACUUCCUCCUCCUAAUAUUCACUCUGGGCUCUUCUUCCCUUCCCACAUUCAGCUUCUCAUGGUGGCAGGACGUGUGUCUGACAGGCAGGACAGAAGCAGGCUCCACUGUGGACCUGAGUGACGGUGACAGCUGGUUUCAAAUUCUGCAUCUCAAAACAGAGCAAGCCAGGGUGGUGCAGGCCUCGGGGCACGAGUUCCCCUCUCCCUUGGGUUCUGUUUUCUCGGAGCACCCUAUUAAUUCUGGUGGGGCUGCCGUGUGUGGGAUGCAGCCUUGAGGAACAGCACAUGCCUGCAGCCAGGCAGCUCAUUCUCCUGUUCCACUGCACUGUGGGCUGGCACUUGAUACCUCUGGUAAGAGGAUGAUCAUCUACCUCACUGAUGAGAGGCAUCACGUGGACGUUUUCUGUUCUGCAGUGGAGACAAGCAGUUAACCUGGCACCGUCUUCUCUGUCCCUGCAGAAGCAGUUAGCAGACCUUUGGGACAGAUGAAUUUCUUCAUCUCUUGCUAAUCUCUUUAAUAAGGUUGCUUUUUCUUUCUUAGUCGCGUAAAGAAGUAAGCCACAGUGAAAGGGAAAAACCAUGUUGCCUUGUGUGUUGCUUCUCCCAGUCAAAAGGGUCUGACCUCAGUCCCCACCAGUGACGCUGAGCAUUCAGCUAUGGAAAUGAUGCUGCUUUUCUCUCACCUGUCUGAAGUUCAGGUUUUCUUCUUCCCCUGUUCUUGUUUUCCUUGUUUUAAUUAGAAUCCUCUUCUAUUAAUGACUCACUAUCCAUCAUUAUCACAGUCCAUCCACCACUCUUGUUCUAAGGCAUUGAAACUGCACUACCAAGAGCUGCCAGGAGCAAAGACUCUCCUUAACCAAGCCCUAGUGUAGCUUCUAGCAACUUAGGGCCCUGUCCCCAGGAUGCCCUCAGCCUCCCUCUUAAAAUGCCUGCCUGAAAAAGCUCAUUGCUGUCAGAAAAAUUUACUGUUCAGCCCAGCCCAAACCUAGUAAUAGACAUAGGCCCCUGAACUUGCUCUUAGAGCAAUUACUUAGAAAGCUUGCAAUUAAAACAUCCUUCUCUUACUCUUUAAGAUGUAAAUCUUCCACCCAGAGCUGUCUUCAUUGGGACCUGAGAAUCUCUUUGAACAUCAGGUCAGCCUCACCUGUCCCCUUCAGUUGGCCCAUAGUCAUGCUGCUUUCUCUCCCUUUAGAACAGGGAGGGGAAGGGAUCGGGUGUGUUGUCCUGAGCACGUCAACCUUGCGGGCUGUGCCAAGUUCCACAGAGCUGCUGGAAUUCCAGGUUUGACUUCUAGCACAACAGAGCCACACAGAAGUGACCCACAUUAGUCCACUGAGAGUUCUGAGUCCCAGGGGUGUACAUUGUGUAAGGCUAGAGACCACUUUUCCUGCUUUCCCUUCAGCCAUUUCUCCAUAUCCUCUGGAGUAGAAAAUGACUUGGAUGCCCAGGAGUGUUCUGCAUUCUUUCAGGGAGAGUGUCUAUUUUCCCAAGGUGAAACAGAUAUCAUGGACUGCUGUCCAGCUUCAACACUUCAUUUUACCCUUGCAUAUAAACUGCUGUAAUCUGACUUUUUGUUUAAGUGCAAACAAACUGCUAUAAGAGAUUUUAGUUAAAACUCUAGCCUUUGAUGUCUUGGGAUCUCGGAAGCAUUAGCUCUGAUAGGUCUAUAAGUGUAUUAAGGGAGAUCUUCCAUUUCAUUAGAGUAGCUUAAAAUCCUCAGGUGUCUGCCUUCUCGAGUUUCUUUUGGGAUCUCUGUUUACCCACUUACUCUGGCUCCUUCUAGACACUUGUUGCCAUUUCCCCGGCUAGACCACUUCUAGUGAUUACUGACUUUAGUGUCCACCUUUUUGGAGGGUUCUAGUUGGCUUAUUAAAGGAGCUUGUGAUUAGAUUCUGUUUGGGGGCUCAGUUAUCUUGGAGCAAGUGUGUACUUAAAUAGCUGAGAGAUGCUUCCUCUAGGCAGACAGGAGAGAGCAGGAGAGGUGUUGCUGGCUGUAGGGCCAACCAGUGAACAGUAGUGAAGGCCUUAGGAGAGGAAUAGGCCCUUGGUCAAUGCAGUCAUUAUCAGCAGGGAGCAGACUAACUACAAACAUGCCAACAGGUGACUGAGAGCUGCAGGCAUCCCUGCUCUUCCAAACAUGUAGUGCUUGCACCCUCCAGAGUCAUCUUUGUAAAGGGAAAUGUAUUUGUAACUGAAUUGAGAAGGAUUUAGUUACACAUAGAUUUAACUCUUCAACCUUAACUAUGGCAAUACAUUUGGGCUUUAACUGUUAUAUAGCACUUACCAGGAUCCAAAUUGAAAGAAUAAAAGCUGUCUCCAUAGUUUAAAAUCAAAUAGUGCCAUCAUCACGGUAUAUUAUUCAAGUAGAAGUUUCAUCAGAAGUAUAUCCUACAUAGGGUUUUAAGACUUGUAUUCUCUUCUUUUCUGCCCUUGUUAAUCUCCAAGUAACUACUAGAGUUUGACAUGUUUUUAAUUAGCUGUUCUUUCUAAGAAGUCAGAAAAUCUGAUGCUGUGUCCAGAAUUAUGCACUGACUUUUUGUUGAACUAGAGCCAGAAGUCCUGGCCUCUUGUUAAAUGACGUCACAGUUUCCCCCUCUGAGCAACAGACUGCUUGUCUUGCUACGAGAGGAGGAUGGGGUGGGUGAGCACUCAGGCUGUCCAUUGAAACACCUUGUCCAUGAAUAGGGUCAUAUUCCUAAGACUAACAGGAUGUGGGUCUUCUGUGACAUCACUUGUUUAUUGAAUGCCCCAAACAUACAGAUUUCUCUUCUAGCACUUUAAGUCUAUCCUUGAAGUCUCUCCUGGUUCAUUCAGAUAUAGGCUGUGCAAGUCUGGUGGUUUUCUGUAAUUGGUCUAAUGUGAGCUCUUUGAACAAACAGAUCUGACAGUGAAUGAAUGACUUUUCCCUGCUUCUGGCAUAAUGCUUUGCCUCUGUCUAGUAUCCAAGCAUACUUUCCAAGAGGAAAGAACAGCAUAACUUCCUGAUCACUGGUGUCAGGUGACGGAGCUUUCUGGACUCCUCAGAGGCAGUGGCCUCUGAAUGAACAGGGGAGGCUAGUAGAUGUUCCAGUCCUGAGGCAGAGCUGCAAAUCUAGCAGGAUUAGGAGGAACAACCACAGCCUCCUCAUCUGUGUGUCAUUUCCAAGUGUUUGCCUUGUGUGUCAGCUCAUUCUGGGGAGCCUGUUAGUCUUCUGUCCCUGGAGAUUUCAAGGAUUCUGGACUCUUGUGAAUGGGUGGCUGGACUUAGCUUUACGGAGUUGGGUGCUUUUUUCCUCUCUGCAAUCACCUGUCAUAGCAUUUUGUGCUCACCUUUGGGGAUGGACUCUGCCUUCUCUUGUCAGUGUACGCCCUCUGAACCUGGGAACACAAAGUGUAUUGGCCUCAAACAGAUGGAGACCCAGGGUUGCCAGUUUUCUGUGGGCUUUCCCCUCCCCUGAAAUAUCCUUAAUUACCUCCCUUCAUUGGCAGGCCAUGUGUGAUUCCUGUUCUUAGCACUGCCAGUGUCGUUGACUUCCAUCUAAGGUUGCAUCAGGAAGAUGAUCCUUCCGUGAUCCUUGGUACUGAAGCCAGAAAAACUUCAUUCAGGAACUCUGAAGAGCAAAAACGGACAAACACUAACUGCCGUGCUGGGCCACACUCCAGCAGACAGAACUGCACAAUGACCACUAUAUUUUUCACACUCUUCCAGGGGGCCCUGCCCCCCCACAUUCAAGAGCUCUCGUUCAGGCCAGGGACACGGAGACUAUGUAGCCCAGUGAUUAAACCCCUGCCUGUUUUCUCUGGCCUCAGGAGUGGAGCCCAGCCACUCCUGUUUGGUUCUCAUCGGGAGGCACGCUGGCCCUGGGUCUCUCCUCGUGCACACCAGGAGUUUUACCUGCUUGCUUGUUUUCCUGGAUUGUUGUUUCAAAGAAAGUAACUAAAACAUAGAAAAGUAAAUCUCCAGCUUCCACAGUAUACUAUUUGCCUUUGCAUGCAAUUGAAAGUUAGCCGCCUCCCUUCCCACCGUCUUGGUGGCAGUAGUGGUGCAAGAGUGACAGGAGCUUUCCGACAGUGUUCAGUGCUUCACUGGAGAUAGGACCCAUAACCUUCAUUUCUGGCUCUGCUUCUCCUCUGGCAUAUGGACACAUUUGCUGGCAUUUGGCUGAGUCUACACCACUUCUUGAGAACCUGAAAUAGAAGUAAUCUUCUGUGACUCACAUUAUCGGUAUCGGCCCUAGAAGACUGGCCUGGUGGAGCAGUUUGCAUUGGCUUGCUUUCAGGGGUUAGCAACGAGGUUCAUUUUUAUGUCUCUGUUGUUUCUUGGCCAGUGUAGUCAAUAAGGGUCUUCUUUAAUAGCUAAGACAGGUUUGGUUGGCUGGGCGUGGUCGCUUAUGCCUAUAAUACCAGCACUUUGGGAGGCCGAGCAAGAUGGGAGAAUCACUUGAACCCAUGAGAUGGAGGUUGCAGUGAGCUGAGAUUGCACCACUGCACUCCAGCCUGGGUGGCAGAGUGAGACUCUGUCUCAAAAAAAAAACAAAAAAAAACUAAGAGGUUUGGUCAACAGUGGUUAAUAAUGAAUAAUAACUUCCUGCCAUUCUAAUUUUCCUUCUGCAUGCUAGCCCUGACACAUCCCUCACAAACAUUGAUAAAAGCAGUAUUUUGUCAACACAAUAUAAAGAAUGUUCACCUUGCACAUGUCAUUUCAGGCACAUGGAUUCAGGAGAAGCACAGUUGAGUGGAAGAAAUGGUAAAUGUGUGGGGCUUGACCCAGGCCCUGUGUACACGAAGUAAGUGGUGAGUGAGCUGUGGGUCUGUCUGUCAGCGCCUCCCUCCCCACCACCACUGCGGGCCUCCACUUUAAGGUGCUGAGUUGUAAGGCUCCUCCAUUUCCAGUACAGGGCUCGCCUUUGCAGCUCUGAUCACUACCAGUACACUCUUUUUCAGGACAACUGAGUGUUUUUGUAUGCCUUUGCCUUCCCUUUGUCCAUGACAAGAGUUGUUUAUGAUUCUUGACUUCUCCAAGCAGAGUGCCUAUACCUCCUGGAGAGGUACACAUUUCUUCAUGGGCCAUUUUUCUCAUUCUUAGAUGCACCCAUUUUCAUCCUUUGCAACCCAUCUUCUGCCUUCUUGUUUUCCUAUCUGUCAAAGACAGAAAUUACAGGAGAUAGGGAGGAUUUUUUAGCAUCUCUUUCAAAAGAUCUAUGUCAGGAUUUCCUUUGCACACCAAGAACUGGAGCUUAGAGCCCCACUCUUCUCUAAGCCAGGUUCUAGUGCCUUACACUCCAGCAUGGCAGAUGGUAGGUGCAGAUUGGAAGAAAGAGAAAGAAAAGUUCAUUUCAGUGUGUGAGUUCCCAUCCACCUGACAUAGCCUCUCUGUCCUCAGAACAAUGGGCGUGGGGUAGAAAGCUCUUUCAGUGAAGGGUUUUCUAGCAGCUCAGUUAACACUUUACUCUCCAGUCAACACUCGGGAUGUAUAAAAACACCAUUGUAAUUACUGUAGAGUCCUGUGACUCAUCAUUUGUGUUUGUCAGUGUGCACUUCAGCUCAGCCCUUCUCUGUUCCUGUGUAGUUUCAAUGUGGCCCUGAAGACAUCCGAGGCACUUCAGUAAGUGGGAUCUUUUCUGGAGAUCCUGGGUGACUUUGGAUGCACGGGAUGACCGAGCAUUUCUGCCCCUGUGAAUCUGGCACUAACACUGUGCACUGUGUCUCCACCAAGGAGAGUUCUAUUGAGUUUCUUUUCAUGUUACUAGGUUUAUAAAUGAAUAAACAGACAUUUUAACUACUCU